GUUCUGCCUCUCCUGAAUGAAUGACAUCAUGUGGGCUGCUGUCGGUCUCCAUCUGCGACAUGACACCGUCACACAGUAACGGUUACAGGUUUAUUUAAAAAUCUGCCGUUACACUGCACGCGGCAAAGAGUGAUGCAGCAGAAGUUGUGUUCCAGAGGUUCUGGUUCUUUCCUCUUGGAGAGGAACGGCCAGGCUUGUGGUGCCAUUUCCAUAACCUCCUGUGACCUUCCCUUCCGCUGCCCACGCUGUGGUGAGCAGGAGCGUUUCGGCAGCCUGGCUUCACUCCGCACCCACCUGGAGUACCGACACUCAUACCGCUCGUCCGAUGGUUACAGCAUCACUGGCAAACUCCCCGACCCACUGACUUCUGCAAUACCCUGGUACGACAUGAGCCUCCCAACCCGCAGGGGGCAGCAGAGCAUGGGGCGGCAACCUCACGCCCGGUCCCUCAGUGACAGCAGAGACAGUGGAUACCUCCAUUCCUACAGCUCUGUAAGGAGACGCACACAGAGUGUUGGGGUGGGAACACAGGCUGAUGAAGAGGAGGAGGAUGACGAUGAAGAGGACGGGGGGACAGAAGAUGAAGAUGCAGGAGAAGAGGAGGAUGAAGACAAUGAUGGUGAAGACAGAGAGGGAGUUAGAAAUGAAGAGGAUGGCAAAAUGUCUGACAAAAAAUCAGAGGUAGGCCACCAUCACCUGAACCACUAUCACCUCCCGUUCCCUACUCCUGCGCCACUCGGCCCCCCUCCAGAUGGGGACCUGGAUUUCGACCUGGACCUGGUUGAGCAGAACUCAUUCUCUGGCUUGGAGACAGCAGCAGCCUCCGCUGCAGUUCGACGGCGACUGACCAGCAUCCUGCGGGCAGCUGACAGCACCAUGCAGCGCAGACUGGCCAAGGUGAGCACAGAGCUCGCCCAGACUGACACAGAGCUCCUAUGUGAGCGCGCUCACUCGCAGCACCUGGCCCAGGAGAGGCAGGAAGUGGCUGACAGGGAGAGGUCACUGAGCCGGCAGGUGGACGUGGCUGUCAUGGUGAUCGCUGCAUUGAGGGAACAGCUUAACGCUUCUGAGAAUGAACUGGAACGCAGAGAGAGGGAGGUGAUAACCAUCCAGAAGUUUCUGGAAGCAGCAGCUCGACAGGAGACAUGUGGAAAAGUUCGAAUUCAGCAGUUCAUUGAGAACCUGCUAAGACGUAUCGCUCUGGCCGAGAGGCUGGUGGAGUAUUACCAGGUCAACGGCAGCCCGCAACAGUGCAACCACUACAAGUACCAGCAGCCAACUGAUAAUGGUCCUCACAGAAUCACUAAAAGCAGGUCAGCGGGGGGUCAGCUGUCCUCGUCUGGCCACCAUGAUAACAGAACCCACUCCUCACAGUUUGGUGGCCGUCCUCUGUUUGCCAAACCCUGUGGGGAACGAGACCGAGAGCGGGAGCAUCGGGAGCGUCUCGCCCAGUCAUCCAGGCUGUUCUGCCGACCUGAACACAGAGACGACAUCUGGAACCACCAGCGGCGCCGCUCAGCCGGGUACGAGGCGUAGACAUGUAGAGACAAACCAGAGGAGAGGAGGUGUCAGCAGCUAAAACUUAAUUUUAAUGAUAACUUCAGUGUGUUAACAUGUGGAAAAGAACGGUUAGAUCAUACUUACUUUUUGAAACAUUUAAUCUCAGCUCUGAGGUGAUUAAUACUAACUCAAUACAAUAAUAAUAAAAAUGUCUUAUAUUCUUAAAAGUCUUU